CGAUAAUGUAAGAACCGUAUGCUUUUAUUUAAAUUGUCGGAAUCGGUAUAAUCUCUAUUCCGUCUUUGGUGGCUAAAUAUAAUUCCGUCCUACAUACUGACACUUUACAGUUGUCAAAGUGAAUAUGUUCACGACAAGAAAUACAGUUUUUAUUGUUAUUUUGGCAUUUAUUUUAAACUAUUUUAAGAACGUUUUUGAAGAGGAUCUUCCGCCGGUCGUAGAGGGGUUCUUUCUUCCAGAGUUUAGAUCUGUUGCAGAAUUAUUUAGGAAACAAGUUGAAAAUCAGAAAGAGAAAGGAGGCAACUUCGCCGUGUAUUUUAAAGGGGAGUUGGUGAUAGAUUUGUGGGGAGGCUAUGCCGACAGAGAUUCUCAUCAGAGAUGGAAGAACGAUACUCUAGCCACGCUGUUUUCCACUACAAAAGGAGUAGCAGCCAUACUAGCGGCCAAACUUGUAGACAAAGGACAUUUAGAUUACAAAGAACUAGUAUCACAUUACUGGCCUGGGUUUGAGUCUAAUGGGAAACACAAUGUUACAGUAGAAAUGUUGUUAAGUCAUCAGGCUGGACUUUCUUAUAUGGAUAAAAAAUUAACUUUAAACGAUGUGGAAUCGGACCCAGAAAAGUUAAGAAAAACUCUAGGAAAUGAACGUCCGAAAUGGCCACCAGGCACAGGGUUUGCUUAUCAUGGUAUAACUUUUGGAUUUUAUAUUGAUCAACUAUUACAACUGGCUGAUCCACAGAAGAGAAGAGUAGACAGGUUGCUUAUAGAAGAAAUAGCUGAACCAUUAAAUUUAGAUUUAUAUAUUGGUCUACCCAAAUGCGAAGUUUACCGUACUGCGAGAUUUGAUUUAGUUAGUGUUACUAAAUACGUUACAAAGUUAAUAUUUACACCAUCACUGUGGAAAAGACUAUGGAUAUUCUUGAGGUAUCCAGAUAGCAUUGCUACUAAAGGGACACGAGUUUUGAAAGGCCCAAUAACUAAUGAUCCUGCGAGAAGGUGCAUACCACUUUCGUCUUUUAACGGUCAUGGCAACGCAAGAUCUUUGGCUAAAUUAUAUGGAAUCCUGGCAAAUGGUGGGAAAGACGGGGGCAAAACUCUAAUGUCAUUGGAAACAAUACGUAGACUGUUUACCCCGAUUAUCUCUGGUUACACUUUAGACCUUGGUGAAUAUGAGGUGUUAGGACGAGGUUUAACGGAAUAUAACAAUACUGAGGGAGAAACUUGCUAUGGUCAUCCUGGUUAUGGCGGACAGAUGGGAUUUUCAGAUGUUAAAGAGAACAUUGGAAUGGCAUAUCUGACAAAUGAUCUUUCUGUAUACGGAAUUGGAAAUGAUCCCAAGUUUCUUGCCUUACAAAGACAAUUCUACAAAGCUUUAGUACAAUACAAGAGAUAAGAUAUUAUAAUGAUAGACAGAAUCUCUUAUAUAAAAAAGGAAAUUCGUUUAUUUUAUAUUCAUACAUAUUUUUUUUAUUUUUAUAAACUGGUGAACAAUGUGAUAAUCUGUGAUUUAAUUUGAUUAUUUUAUCUAGGUAUUUGAAAAAUGGCAAUAUUGUAAGCAUUUGUAUAGACUGUUCAUUACAAUAGUUAUAUGUCAGGAGGAUAGUAUUACUUUAGUGUACUGUA